AUGAGCCGCUGGCGGGAUUCCUUCAGCAAGGCAGCAGCCUCCUCCCCCUUCACUUCCAAGAGACUUCUUCUGCUCUCUAUCUCAGAGAGGAGUUUAUCCGUGUCAGAUUCGACGGUCAGAAGGUUAUCGACCAGGGUAUUAAUAACUGGGCUAAGAUCCAGAUCAACCAACGAUGAGAAUUGCGAAAACUCGGUAAGAGGAGGAGGAGGGCUUGCAGUUGGGGAAGAGCCUGAGGGAGUUCGGGCCAAGCCAAUCCUAGCAGAAGGUCGACCAUGCUUGGCCGCGGGUUCAAUGGGCUAUCUGACGCUGGAGAGGGAGCGGUCUUCACCUUCUUUGGUUGCAAACCUCCGGCGGAGAGAUCCGGAUUAG